GUUUCCCCAAGCUGAAGGGUGCGAGUGGUGCGAUUUGGUCUUGGAGCUGGACCCGCGGCCGGAAGUCUCCCGAGCUGCGUGCCGAUUCGUGCCUGGCCCCGGCACAGCCUCCGCAGUCGGCCUGGAAGUCAGUUUUGCCAAAAUGAUACAAAGGAGCGUCAGCAGAUCCUGACACUGAAAUUGUCGUUAUAAAUUAGCACCAGCAGAUCGCUUUCCCUGAAAUCCCGUCAGUCAGAGUUCCCGGCCACAGAGUUUCCUGCUUGUAAUACAAGCUGUCAUUCAGCGAGUGCUCACUGAGCCUCACUGCGAUCCCUUGAAGUGUCAUCAACAGGUGGGAAGUCGAGGCUUGGAGAAAAUAAGUAAGAUACUCGCUAUGCUGCUGUCCUGCUCUGUGGCUGAUACCUGAUCUCAUUUGAGUUCCUUGAAGUCAGAGCGUUGUUUUUGGUUCCUAGAUAUGUGCUGUGUUAUGGGGCAGACAGAUGAUGACUCUCACGUGCUCCUCGCCCGCAAGGAGCCCCUACUCGGAAAGACUCUCGGAACUGUAACGCCAAGAAAACCCGUCUUAUCGGUCAGUGCAAGAAAAAUUAAGGACAAUGCGGCCGACUGGCAUAAUUUAAUCCUGAAAUGGGAAACCCUCAACGAUGGAGGUUUUGCUACUGCAAGCAAUAUUGCCAACAUGAAAAUCAGUUUGUUGAGCAGAGACAAGAUAGAAUUAGAGAGCAGCGGCCUGGCUGCCGACGACCCUGCAGAAAAGGAGCACGCGGAAUACAGCAGGGAGCUGGAGGCGCUGUGUGAGGAGCUGCAGACCACCCUGGACGGCUUGACCAAAAUACAGAUGAAGAUGGAAAAGCUGUCUUCAACCACCAAGGGCGUUUGUGAACUAGAAGAUUACCAUUACGGGGAGGAGAGAAAACGCCCCCCCCUCUUCCACACGUGGCCCACAGCCCAUUUUUACGAGGUCUCCCGCAAGCUCUCCGACAUGUACAGCCAGGAGCUCCGCCUGAAGCGCGUGGUGGUGGAGCAGCUGGCACACACGACCGACCGCGACCUCGCCCUCAGCUACCUGUCCAUGUGGCUGCACCAGCCUUACCUGGAGGGCAGCAGCAGGCUGCUUCUAGAGAGCAUGCUGCUGGAGACGGGGCACCGCACGCUGUGACCUCCCCCGCCCCCCAGCGGACACACUCAGGUGGGCGCUGGGCGGUACCCCGGGAUCACGCCCCCCGGCUGCACCCCACAAUCAGGCCCUGUGCUUGAUCCUUCCACCCGCUCUCUGCGGCCUCUCCAGACACACUGAUUGCUGCCUGCUGUCCACCUUGUCUGCACCUGUUGUGAAUGUGGCAUCUAUGAAGACUUCUGCAUGAAAUAAAUGAGUUCCUCAACUAAA